UUCUGUUGAGAAGUCCCACAAGAAGCUCACGCGUGUUAGAAAAUGGGAAGGGAAAUCCGGGCUGGAUUUGCUGUGCAGUCGGUGUCAGCCUCUUUACAGAAAGGCCACGUUUUGGACCGGCCCUUUGAUUCGGGUACGUGUAUCUUGGGGUAUCUCAAUUCUAUCUCGGGACUGACUGCGACUGCGAUGUGUCAGACCCUUCCCGUCAAAACAGUUGGAAGCACAUUCUGAUCUCCGUCGAAGAAUCGUGGGUUUCUGUUCAACUGGGUGCGAGACACUCUGUUUUCUCUUGCGGGAGUGGUGAACGUUUCGGUGUUUCCGAGGGAGCUUGUGCUUCUUGUUUUGCAUUUCAAGGCUUUGUUUGUUGGUGUUUGGGAGAAUGGAGGAGAGAUACGAGCCAUUGAAGGAGUUGGGUUCUGGGAAUUUUGGGGUGGCUAGGUUGGUGAGGGAUAAGAAGACUAAGGAGCUUGUUGCUGUCAAAUACAUCGAAAGAGGAAAAAAGAUUGACGAGAAUGUUCAGAGGGAAAUCAUUAACCACAGAUCGCUGAGGCACCCAAAUAUUGUUAGGUUCAAGGAGGUUCUGUUGACCCCGACACACCUCGCAAUAGUCAUGGAAUAUGCAGCUGGAGGUGAGCUUUUCGAGAGAAUUUGCAGUGCCGGUCGGUUUAGUGAAGAUGAGGCUAGGUUUUUCUUUCAGCAGCUUAUAUCAGGAGUCAGCUACUGCCACUCCAUGGAAAUUUGUCACAGAGAUCUGAAGCUAGAAAAUACUCUUUUGGAUGGAAGUCCGACUCCGCGUCUUAAAAUAUGCGACUUUGGCUACUCCAAGUCAGCUUUGUUGCAUUCACAACCAAAGUCAACAGUUGGAACACCGGCCUAUAUUGCUCCAGAGGUGCUGUCUCGGAAGGAGUAUGAUGGAAAGAUUGCAGAUGUAUGGUCAUGUGGUGUAACACUAUAUGUGAUGUUAGUUGGAGGAUACCCGUUUGAGGAACCUGAAGAUCCGAGAAAUUUCCGCAAGACCAUUGGGAGGAUUAUGAGUGUUCAAUACUCGAUACCAGACUACAUCCGUGUGUCUACAGAGUGCAGGCAUCUCCUUUCUCAUAUAUUUGUCGCAAAUCCUGCAAAGAGGAUCACUAUCCCGGAGAUAAAGAAGCACCUGUGGUUUCUGAAGAAUUUGCCAAAAGAACUCAUUGAAGGCGAGAAGACCAACUACAAGACUAAACAGGACCAGCCUCUUCAGAGCGUGGAAGAAGUGAUGCGGAUUAUUCAAGAGGCCAGGACUCCUGGGGAGGGAUCUAAAGUUGGUCAAGGUGUGGCCGGUCCUUCGGACCCUGAUGAAGAUGCUGAUUUGGAUUCUGAAGUCGAUAAUAGCGGCGACUUCGUAGCAGCAAUAUAACACAGAGCUCUACCAAAAAAAACAGUUCUACUGGGAUACAUUUCUCAUUUCCAUUGUUUGUUGCAGAUUGUACAGCUAUAUUAUGGAUAAUGUUCUAUAGCUUGCUACAUACUUUAAUCUCUAGCGUGUGGGAAGCUCACAUUAAGUGGCUGAACAUUGUUCGGUAUUGAGUGCACUGGAAAAUGAAGUGGUGUUGUCAUUGACUUUGACUCACUGGUUCAAAUAUUUA